AUGAAAUAAACACAUAUUUUCUUCAUAUUGAUAUCAUGCAAUGUAGUUUGUAAUCUUGCUAUGUCAAUCAUUGCACCAUUUUACCCAUAAUUUGCUAAAUCUAAAGACCUUUCUGAAGAUAUCAUAGGUAUUGUUUUUGCAGCUCAUCCUUUGGGACAGUUUAUUUCUUCCUUGAUUCUAGGAAAAGUAAUAACCCAUGAUAAUAGAUAGAAAAUAAUGGUUAUUGGCAUAUUCUUAUAAGGGGUAGGCUUGUUCUUUUUUGGUUUGUUAUACUAUUUUGAUCCUUAUUGGGUAAUUCUAAUAGGAAGUUUUACUGCUAGAUUGAUUGGUGGAAUAGGUGCAUCUAUGUUUAUGACACCAUUUUAUGCAUUUAUUCCUUAAUUAUUUCCAAAAUCAAUUGAAGAAAAAAUAGCAAUAGCAGAAGUCUCAACCUCUAUUGGAUUCUUAGGUGGUCCUAUAUUGGGUUCAGCUUUAUAUCAGUUGGGUGGGUUUGUAUUACCUUUUUUUUUCUUUGGUGGGUGUUCAUUUGGGUUAGCAAUAAUUCUAAUAAUUUUUUCUAAAAGUUUGGAUGUGCCUGAAGUAGAUCUUAGUUAAUCAAUCAUAUUACAUUAAUCUAUAUAAAACUAAGAAUCAAUUAUAGAUGCAGGUUUUAGUAUAUCAUAUCUCUCAUUACUUUUCAAUUACCCAGUCGUAAUAUCAUUUAUUACAAAUACUUUAACGCUAUCGCUAUGGACAUUUUAUAAUCCUACGAUAGCUAUUUAUUUUUUGGAAGAAUAUGGCAUUAAAGAAGAAUAUUCUGGAUAUUGGAUAUCAAUAAAUGCAGGAACAUUUGGAUUUUCUACUCUAUUCAUAUCUAGGAUAAAAUCCCAUAAAAAAUUUUAUAUGUAUUUUGGUCUGGUAAUCAGUGGAUUAUUGCAAUUUUAUAUGGGUCCUGACUAUAAGUUCACCAAUUUACAUCCAAAAUUUGUGUAUACAAUAGUAGCCUGGUCAUUAGUUGGAUUUACUGGAGGAUUUCCAUAUGUACUGACAUUGCCUUAAGUAGACUAAAUUCUUAAAAAAGACUAUUUUAAAUAUCCGACACAAUGUGCAAAUAUAGCAUCUGCAGUUUUUAAUGCCAGUUUAGCCGGAGGAGAAUUGCUUGGUCCAAUUAUGGGAGGUUAUCUUACAAAGUGGUAUGGAUUUCAAAGGUCGGCAUCAUUAUUAGGCUUUGCUGUUCUGAUAUGUUGUGCUUGUUAUGUGCCUUAUUUAUUUUACUUGGAUGAGAAGCUUGCCAGAACAAAAGCAAAUAAAUUAAAAAAAGCUGGUUUAAAAGAAUGA